AUGUCAAGCCAAACUCCGUCCAAUGCCCAUCUGACCAUCCCAGAUGGUACAUGGAGGGGAGGAAGAGAGUUCAAUAAACUCUUUCUUUCCACCUCCGAUGAGAUUGCAGACCCUGAGAACAUAGGGAACGAUUCAUUAAAGGGUAAACAUAUUCUUAUCAUUGGUGGCGGUGUGAGUGGACUGCUUGUAGCAUGGAUGCUCCUUGACAGAGGCUACCAAGUAACCAUUCUAGCUAAAGACUGGGCAUGGACCAAAGAUUUCCAGGGGUCUCGCAUUACGUCCCAGAUUGCAGGUGCUCUGUGGGAGAUGCCCCCUGGUGGAUGUGGACUGACUGAAAUCGCGAACGCAAAGCCAGGUUAUGCUAACCUGGAGGAUUAUCAACAAUGGGCCAUUCAGAGCUACAAAUUCUACUGCGACUAUGCAAAGCUAGCCAGCCCGCAUGAAAAGGGAGGCUGGUCGCUUGGUCUGAAGAUUGCCGAUCUGCACCAGUUCUUCUACGAUGAUAUCUUCAACGGCACAGGCAGGAACACCGAACACUACAAGAAGUACAAUAUCAUGGACACGCAUACAAUGGACUUCGGUACAGCAGCUUACAACAACAACCAGGCAAUCACUGCGGGGUUUCAGGGAAACACCAUCUUCGAUACGAGAUAUAGAGGGGAAUUUAAGUCUGCCUAUACGCACAAGGCUCCGAUUCUAAACACGGACAAGGCUCUCGCAUAUCUGAUGGCCCUGGUCCAGAGAAAGGGCGCAACCCUCGAGACCCGAGAAAUCAAGGACCUCUACGCAAACGGACAGCAAUUGCUGAACGACUUUGGCGCGCAAGUUAUUGUCAACGCCACAGGCCUCGGUUCCAAAGACCUAGUCGGAGACAAUGAUGUCUACCCCGUUCGGGGCGCCAUUCGUCGCGUCGAAAAUACCCGCCGCAGCCAAUUCCGCCACCUCAACGACGCCUACCUAGUUCCUGCACAAAAAGGCCCGGACAAUAAACCCACCAAGACAGUCUUCAUUGUUCCCCGCAACGAUGACAUCCUUUACGUCGGCUCCAUCAUUCAGCCCAAUAACUGGAACCUAAACCUGACCGAGGAAUCACCCGAGGUGCAGCAGAUGUGGGAUCGUGCUGGAGACUUCAUGCCCCGCCUACGCCAUGCGGGGUUUGUGAACCAUUUCCCUUUUGCCCAGGGUCUGAGGCCAUUCACUAAAAACAACGCCAAGGUCAGAGCAGAUGAAAUAGCCAAAUUCCCUCUCGUCCAUAACUACGGUCAUGGAGGGUCUGGAUGGACACUGGGAAUUGGAACUGCCCGCUGUGCGGUUGAUAUCGUGGAAGGGCUUUUGCGGAAUAGUACAGCAGAAAAUAUCAACAAAGAUAUAUAUGGGGCAAGUUCUAGGGAUGAUGCUACUACCUCUGCUAAUCAAGCUUGUACGCGUGCUCAAGUUGCCCUCAACCAUGCUAUUGAGGCCUAUCAACAUGCUACUAGUGCUGCCGCUGCUAAUUACCCUGAAGGAGCUUCUGUGAUUGAUGGCGCUGCUGAGUUUACCGAGACUCAUUUCAAGGCUGUUGCUGACUCAGUAAGCUUUCUUCAGCAGCUAAAAGAUUGA